AUGACUAGCAGCCUUUCAGAUGCCGCCUUUGCUCCUUCCCUGCGGCCUGUAUUUGUAGUGUAUUUUGAUGGUGGCGGUGUGCCUCUCGUAUCGUCGAUAUCGGCCAACGCCCGUCUCUCGGUAGUCUCAACGUCGCUCUUUACGCUGGCGACGCCAACCCGACCAACGCCGGACGCCGACGUAUCCCACCUCGCCGCCCUCGUCGAGAGUGUUUCGCCUGGUGACGUUCUUUUUGAUCCGAGCCGCACAACGACCACCAUUGUAACAUCCAUCCCCUCAACGACAACCACAUCUCCUGCUGGGGGCGCUGCCACGUUCGGAUCCGACCGGUACCGUGACGAAGACGACGACGACGACAUCUCGGACGACGACGACACUGUAGGCUCAACUAGCAGCUACCUUGCAAACGUAUACCGCAAACCCGCCGGCCCUCAGACCAGCACCUUUGGCCUUCCCAGCCAACCCCCUGCAGUGCCUCAUUUUCGCACAUACCCGACCGCCACCGGGGUGGAAGAAUACACAGCCGAAGCAAAAGACGUCAAGAUGGACGGCAAACGCCAACUGAACUCGUUCCAGCAGCUGGAGAAGCUGGGCGAAGGUACCUAUGCUACUGUCUUUAAAGGUCGAAACCGCCAUACCGGCGAGUUUGUCGCGCUCAAGGAAAUACAUCUCGACUCCGAGGAGGGAACGCCGUCGACUGCUAUCCGCGAGAUUUCGCUCAUGAAGGAGCUGAAGCACGAGAACAUUGUUGCGCUGCACGAUGUCAUUCACACCGAGAGCAAGCUGAUGCUUGUGUUCGAGUACAUGGACGGUGACUUGAAGAAGUACAUGGACACCAACGGCGAGCGCGGUGCCCUGAAGCCGAUGCUUAUCAAGUCCUUCAUGUACCAGCUACUCAAGGGCAUCGACUUCUGCCACCAGAACCGUGUCCUCCACCGCGACCUGAAACCCCAGAACUUGCUCAUCAACGGCAAGGGCCAGCUGAAGCUUGGCGACUUCGGUCUCGCCCGCGCCUUUGGCAUCCCUGUCAACACCUUCUCGAACGAGGUCGUCACCCUCUGGUACCGCGCGCCCGAUGUCCUGCUCGGCAGCCGCACGUACAACACGAGCAUUGACAUUUGGUCCGUGGGCUGCAUCAUGGCCGAGAUGUAUACCGGCCGCCCACUGUUCCCGGGUACCACCAACGAGGACCAGAUGCUGCGCAUCUUCCGCAUCAUGGGAACGCCCACCGAGCACAACUGGCCCGGCAUCAGCCAGUUCCCCGAGUACAAGGCCACUGCGCCGCGCUAUGCCACGCAGGACUUGCGCCAGAUCCUCCCGCAGAUUGAUGCUACGGGCAUCGAUCUGCUACAGCGUCUGCUGCAGCUGCGUCCCGAGCUCCGCAUCAGCGCACAUGACGCUCUCCAGCACCCUUGGUUCCACGAUAUCCUGCAGCACCAGCACAGCCAGCAAGCCGCCGUACAGCAUCAGCAGCAGCAGCAGCAGCAGGUCGCUGCCACCGCUCAACAGGCUGCCGCGUUGCAGGGCCAAGGGCGCAGCGCGUUCCAGCCUGCGGCUGUUGCGGCGCAAGGCGGGUACGAGGGAUAUUAG